ACUCUCAGCGGAAACGGAAGCUCCCCGUUGUUGUUGUGUUUCCUCGGCGGUCGGUAGUCUUCAGUCUUUGGUCUUUGGUCUCUGUCAGUCUUUGUCAGUCUCAGUCUCAGUCUUCAUGGAGUAUAAGCUCAUCAUGGCGGUCUCCGGGUUCCCGAGUCUCUACGACUCGAGCUGUCUGACGUACCGAGACCUGAACAUGCGCAGUGACGCCUGGAGGCAGGUCGCGGAGAUCGUCGGUGUUCCCGAGUCGGAGUGCCGGAGGAAGUGGAAGAUGUUGAGGGACCAACACCGGCGUGAGCGCCAGCGUGAGAAAGAGCGUCGUGAGAGCGGCGUGGGUCUCCUGAACUACCGGCCGUGGAGAUACUCGGCCAUUCUGUCGUUUUUAAACCCGUUCAUCGACGCCCGAGCGGCCGGCACCAACGGCUGGGCUCUGGACCCGCAGCCUCUGUUCCAGAUGUCCGACAUGAUGGGCUGCAGCACGACCAUGGAGGUGCGCAGCGACGACGACGAGAACUACGGCCUCGCCGUCGCAGACGCCACGACAACAACGACGUCCUCGUCCUCAUCGUCAGAGUUCGCUCAGAGGAAGCGACCGUCGUCUCCUCACAGAGACGCCGUCAGGCUGAAGGAGGCGAAGCUGGAGGCGAGCUCCGAGAGCCCGGCUGCAGACGACGGCGUCCAGGUCCAACACGUCAACAUGAAGGAACUGUUUGAGAUGAUGAUGCAGUCCGUCACGUCCCUCGCCACCACCUUAGCGUCCUCACACGCUUCAUCGCAGCCCUCAGAUCAGCUGACGCCUCCCUCGCGGUCUUCCCCCGCCAUCCUGCAGCCGGACCUUCAGUCGCACUGCAGCCCGCCGCCGUCCUGCACGGCGUCCCGGCUCAACCACCUGAAGACAGAGGAGCAGGAAGCCGUGGUCGCCGAGCCGCUGGACCAAAGGAACGGAGAGGAGGAGUGUCACUCCGCGGCUCCCAGGUCGACCCGGGCCUGGAGGAGGAGCACCGACAGUCUGCUGGAGGAGUACCUGAGGAGGAUGGAGGCCCGGGAGGCCCAGAGAGACCGAGACAUGGACCAGAGGGACGACGUGACGCUGUUCUUACUGAGCCUGGCGCCCACCAUGAGGAGACUUCCUGCUGAGAAACAGUCCUGGGUCAGAACCAAGAUCCAACAGUUCCUACACGAGGCCGAGUUCGGACCCACAAACUUCCAGUGACCACAAACCAUUCUACAACCAUUCUACAACCAUUCACAAACCAUUCUAAAACCAUUCACAAACCAUUCUACAACCGUUCACAAACCAUUCUACAACCAUUCACAAACCAUUCUAAAACCAUUCACAAACCAUUCUACAACCGUUCACAAACCAUUCUAAACCAUUCACAAACCGUUCUACAACCAUUCUACAACCAUUCACAAACCAUUCUACAACCAUUCACAAACCAUUCUACAACUGUUAACAAACAAUUCUACAACCAUUCACAAACCAUUCUACAACCAUUCUACAACCAUUCACAAACCAUUCACAAACCAUUCUAAAACCAUUCACAAACCAUUCUACAACCAUUCUACAACCAUUCUACAACCAUUCACAAACCGUUCUACAACCAUUCUACAACCAUUCACAAACCAUUCACAAACCAUUCACAAACCAUUCUACAACCAUUGUACAACAUCGAAGUGUAAAUAUUAUUAUAUUUUUUUGUUUUUAAUAAAGUUUCUUCUU